ACUAGAAACCGCCGCCGCAGCACACCACACGGCGAAGCCACCACAAAUUGGUGCCCGCGGUGCUCCCCGAUUACCCACGCGCCGCCGCCCCAGUGCAAUGCAGGCGGUAGCGCUCGCGUCGGCUCCGGCCAUCUUCUCCUCCGCCUCUGGGCUACCCGGCCGCAGCGCAGCUCCGGCCAUCGUCUUCUCCGCUUCCGCUCGGCCCCGCCGCGCCGUCCGGUACGAUGUCGCCUCCUCCUCCGCGCCGUCGGCGGCUGGCCCCCUGGCCGCCCGGUGGGCCCAUAGGACCAUCGUCAUCCCGCCGCAGCGCCGCGGCUGCCACCUCAUCACCCCCAAGAUUGUGAAUGAGAUAAGGAAUGACCUGGCCGAGUUCAAGUGCGGUAUGGCGCAUCUGUUCGCUGGAUCAUCUUGUUUUGUGCAGCACACAAGCGCUUCGCUGACUAUUAAUGAGAACUACGACUCAGAUGUCCAGGCUGACACUGAAACAUUCCUUAGUCGCAUUGUUCCGGAGGGUCUAUCUGCUCCAUGGAGGCACACCAUAGAGGGAUCUGACGACAUGCCAGCACACAUCAAAUCCUCAAUGUUUGGUUGUGCCCUAACGAUUCUUAUCACUAAUUGGCGUCUCAACACGGGAACUUGGCAGCAGCUAAAACUCAGUGAUCAGGGCAAUAUAUUUGGGACAUAAUCUUGAGCAUUCUAAUUUUCUAGGGUAUAUGGCUCUGUGAACAUCGAGACUAUGCUACUCCUCGCAAGAUUGUGAUCACACUCAAUGGUAUCUAACUAAGUGAUCAAUGUUGAGAGAUGGAGAUGCAAUGUGGCGGUUCUGAUGUGUCUUAAUCAUAUGCUUUGAAAUUGAAAUUUCGCCCCAAUUGUGAUAUGAGUGUAGUGGCAAAUCUUAUUUGUAAUAUCAUGUCAGUAUAAGGGGCAUAAAAUCUCCUCUUUACGAGCUUCUUCUCAAAUUCAGUUUGUUUAAUUAUCUUGCCACUUAUAGGUUUUUCCAGAUAUGCUGUGACUGUUUACAGAAAUGUGCUAGAAACUGUUCUAUUUUUAAGGAAAAGUUCAGGACUUCUUAUCUUAUUCCUGCUCUGUUAACUGUUUACACCAACUUUUAUUUUGUUUUAUAGGUAAGUGAGUAAUUAAGAAAAAAAAUAGGGGUAAAAAUAAUGUUUGGUUGGAUCAAAUUGGCAAGCCUAAUACUGUACAAAUGUGAGAAAAAUGACCAACAUGCUUCCAUUGUUGGAUGCCUGGAAUAUCUCGAAUUUGACAUGGAUUGUUGCAAGGAGUGCUGCCGGUACAUGGGAGGCGGUCCUGGAGUGUGACCGGUAGAUGGCUUUCAGACAGGGCUGCAAUCACGGAGGUCGUUGCUGGAGGAGAUUUGGUUGAGCACAAUAGGAAUAGGGACUGGUGAUUGAGCAGAAGCUGACGGGCAAGUACGCUAGUGAGGGCUACUUCUUCCAGAACAUCCGCGAGAGCCGCUUCCACACCGACGACCCCGACCAUGCCCACCUCUUCUUCGUUCCGAUCUCCCCACACAAGAUGCGUGGCAAGGUCCCUUUCUUUGAUAGGCUUCGAUUAUUGCGUACAUUUGUGUGUUUCCAUGUUAUUUGGAUAACCAUUGAUUAGUGUCGUCAUCAUUCAAUGCUGCUUCUUGAUUGGAACCAGUAUACUGUAUCUCGAAUCGUGUUAUGAUCAUGAAACCAUGAAAAGAAAGAAAUGGAGCUUCGGAUACAAGCAGGUAUGAUUUUGCGAUGAUCCUUAGGAAACGGCAUAGAUCAAGUCCUAGAACUCAAUAGGAGGACUUGACUCACUCGGAUGAGUGAUAAAUUGAACGAUCUUAUAAUACCAAUGUUAUGCAGUACUGUAGUCAUAUGGUUCUCCUGUGUAAAUUUAAGGCUUUGUGAGAUAUAAUUCAUAUAUUAUCAUAGGAGAUAACUUAAUUCAUGUGUCUCAUUGUUGCAGUAGAAGUCAGAUGUUUUGAUUUCCCCUUUUGGGUAUUAGAUAUUAUUUUUUUGCAUGUAGCGAGUGUAUGGAUAGGGGUUCUUAAUGUUAGGAAUAACAACUUGUAUUCAAUGGUAAUCCAUGGAGGCAAUAUAUAGAGUACAUGAGGGAAACACUAGACUAGCAGAUUACCAUAAUACCCUAGACUAUUAUACUCUUAACAUCUCCCCAAAUACAAGGUGUAUGCAAUAGCGUUGCAUUUAAAAGAGGUGACACUAAGUAAUAAACUUAGACAAAAUAAAACUAAUACAUCCAAAAACUGUCUCUUUAAAGCUAUCAUAGAGUGGAGCCUUGGUAAUCCUGUCAAAAACGAAGCACAUGAAUAGAGUCAUGAUGAUGACAACAAAAGAAUACCCUUGGUCAAGAAUCGCAACAGAGCGACGACGAGUAGGAAGACAAAAAACGAAAUUGCCACUGAAGCUAAAAAAAAUCAAGAUGACAAAAGAAUACCCUAGAUGAAAAGUAGCAAUAAACGUCAAACGAAGUAGUCACAAAAGCUACAGAAAGAGCUAGAUGGCAUGGUUGCAUCAAUAUUGAUGUGAAAGGAUUAGCCAAUCAAAGAUAAAUAUUUGACUAAUCACAAAAGAAAACAACUAAUUGACGAAGUAAUAUGUGGACUCGCACGGUAUAGAUGAAUUUAAAGAGGGACUAAGACUUGGAUGGAUACAGCAGAUGACAACCCUAAGACAAGACAUACCGGUACUAGCAAGCGGCAGCAAUAGCAACGAAACAAAAGCUAGAAGUAUACAGCAGGAGAUAAAAGCUAGCAAGCAGUGGCCAACCCAUAAAAGAGCAGCAGAGCAGUGCAACCGAGCAGAGCAGCAGCAACCAGCGAGAUCCAUGAGCUUCGACGGGAGUGGGUGGCCGGCCGGUGAGAAGGUCACCGGCAAGCAAAACUGCUUGGUGACCUUGAUGGCGAUGAAGAGGCGCAACCCGAUGGAGUGAAUCCUCCUGCAGUCGAUGAAGAGGGUGUUUCAGAGAGAAGCAUGAUGGAGUGGAUCUCGCGGCGACAAAGUGGAUCUGACGGAGAUGAGUUGGAUCCCAUUGACCUCAAUCCAAACCAAGUCGCUGUUUAAUCGGCGGAGAAUCGAUUGAGAUCUAGCAGCAAAGGAGGAGAUGACCGGGUCGAGCUCAGUUGCCAUUGACAAGUACAUGGAGGGGAAGCACGACGGGAAGCUGUCGUCCAAUGACGGCAAACAAUUCGCCAUGCAGCUGAAGAAGCUCCCCGAAUUCCCUCUGCGCCGACGCUUGCCAUGGAGGAGCCCCCACCGUGGUGAUGACGACGCCCGUGAGCUGAAGCGAAAGGUGGGCAAGCGGCUCAGAUCUGGUGGAGAUGAGCCCGAGCAGAGCCACGACAGUCCGAGCAGGGAGGCAACAUGUGUGGAAGGCAUAUGCAAAGACCGUGGCCGCCAGUCGGUGGAUGGACGACGCAGAUCAGGCGGCCUGCCCUGGUAUUGAAGAGGCAGCGGACCUGGAGAGGACAACAGCUACGGGGCUGGAUCCGGCGGAGGAACCGUGUCCAGCGGGGAGCAGCAACCGACAAGGGAGCCGCAUCCAGUGGGGAGCGGCACACGACGAUUGGGUGACGCAAUCCAGGCUACAUGAUCCGGAUCGAGGGCGGGGCGACGUGGAGAAGGCGGUGCGGAUGGGGAGCCGCAACGGGGAGGGGGUAGCAUGAUGGGGAGCCGCUAGACGAAGCUACCAGGCAACAGAAAGCAGCAAAUCGGGAAGAUGUGGACUAGAUGGGACGAAUUGCUGCGUCAAAAAAACCGUAAUUUUAAUACCAUGUUAGAAAUAGCAACUUGUAUUCAAUAGAGUACACGAGGACAAUAUAUAGAGUACAUGAAGAAAACCCUAGACUAGAAGAUUAUCAUAAUACCCUUAGCUAUUUUACCCUUAACGGAUAAAUCUGUUCAUCUUAGGCAGCUGCAUACAUUGCCUUUUCAGUUUUCAUAUCUUGAUUUUUCAUGUUUCCAUACUGCUCUGAUGUUUACAGUUUGGUAGCAUCGGGAUACGAGUUGACUUAUUUUCAAAUGUCAGGGUACUUUGCUGUGACUGGAAGCAAUUUGACAUUGUUAAUGCAUGUGCCAUCUUUAGCUUGCAGGGUACUUCAUACGAGAAUAUGACAAUAAUAGUUCAGCAUUAUGUUGAGAGCUUGAUAGGCAAGUACCCUUACUGGAACGGACACUUGGAGCUGACCACUUUUUUGUCGCAUGCCACGAUGUCGGCGUGAGAGCAUUCAAAGGGCUUCCCUUCAUUGUGAAAAACUCUAUUAGAGUGGUGUGUUCAACUGUUCACCGAGCUAUAAUGUUGGCUACAUCCCACACAAGGAUGUCGCUCUUCCACAAAUAUUGCAGCCAUUUGCUCUUCCUGCAGGAGGAAAUGACAUUGAGAACAGGACAAUACUUGGUUUCUGGGCUGGCCACUGCAAUUCCAAAAUAAGAGUGAUUUUAGCACGACUUUGGGAGAAUGAUACAGAGCUUGCUAUCAGCAACAACCAUAUUAACAGAGCCAUUGGAGAGUUAGUUUACCAGAAGCAAUUUUAUUGGACCAAGUUUUGUAUAUGUCCUGGUGGUUCCCAAGUUAAUAGUGCUCGCAUAUCUGAUUCCAUCCACUAUGGUUGUGCUCCUGGUUAGUAUCUAUAAGAUUUUCAUAUGCGUGCAAAAGACAUUAUAAAUCAUGGUUUCCAAUAUGUUCUUUUGUAAUCGUACUUUUAUCAUUCCAGUUAUUUUGUCAGACUAUUAUGACCUUACCUUUCAGUGAUGUCCUUGACUGGAGGAAGUUUGCAGUUGUACUUGAGGAGUGAUACAGGGCCUCUUUGACAGAGCUCGAACUAAAGAAUUUUUUGAGUUGGGUAUCUCUAGCUCCAAAAAUUCAUGGAGUUGAAGCUCUGGGUACACUGGGGAUGUAUAGAUGAGCCACAUUCUUUUUAUUUGAGACUACAAAAAUAUAUUUAAAUUACUUUAUUUUAGUAUACAUACUUCAGAUCUGAGGUGGAGCUAGGAGCUGAAACCCUGCCAAUCCGGACCAUAUACCAACUUAAGAGUAUUUUGAAGUCUAUAUCACAUGAAAGAGUUGGUUGUGUUACACAACUCUCUGGUUAAGGUAUAUUUAUUUUAACAGAUUGAUACAUGAGGACCAUCCAUUUACUAGUCAGUAGCAUCACAACUAUCGCUAAAGGAGUAACAAUGCUAUUUGGUUGAGAUUCUAUUUGUUUCCAUCUGUCCUCUUGACUAGAGAACAUCUUGUUAUUCUGAAGUUUUGAUCUAAUAAGUUAGAUCAAUUAGGUUAGGAGUGAUAUGGAUUCCAGGUUUGGGAUCACCUACCAAAGGAUCAGAAGAGCAUUAAGGGAAGAAAAGAAUUAGUUUCCUAUUAGAUUUCAACAUAAUUAGUUUCCUUGGAUUCGGAAUAAUCGGAUUUCAGGACUGUUAGAGUCAUAUUCUAUCUGUAAGGUAGUACAUUUCGGAAUAGGUUUAGAUUUGGAUUUGGAAUAGGUAUAGGUUUUGGCCUCCAUAUGGUGUAAUCGGCAAGCAUAAAUUAAUCUAAAGUUUAGUCAGAGCCUCGAAGCCCGGGAGAUCUAGUUAUCUAAUAAUGAGCAUCACCUGUUCACUUGGAGAAGCCUUCAAAUUUGAUAUAGCAGUGUACUAAGAAAUCACCUGGAAUUGCAGGUCCAGAAGCACUUCGAGUGGCAUUCACCUCCCUUCCCGUAUGAUGCGUUUCACAUGGUUAUAUAUGAACCGUGGCCGCGGCAUCAUGUGGUCAAGUACUAAGUCCAAGAUCAUCCCCCGAUGAUUCCAACAGAAAUCUGUGACCAACUGACAAGGCAACGUCAUGCUUGACCACCUGCUAGUGUACACUGAAGAUGCUUGUUUUUGGUUCUCAGAACCCUGUGCAGCUGAACUGAUAGGUUUAGCACUGAAGCUUAUAACAGCAGACAGCUGUUUGAUGAACUAUGGAGAAUGUUUGCAUCAAGGAAAUAGGUAGCUGUUAAGCUUGAGCCAGAGUUCUAGUUCUACCCUGUAGAUUUUUUUAAUACAGAAUAUCGUUUUUUAAUUAUGUUUCUCUAGGAUUGCUCACCUUGAGUGUCUAGCUUACACAUGGUGUGAGAUCUGCUUAAGCUUCCUCACUCAUAUCUUUGUACUCGUUCAUGUAAACUAAUGCAUGAUAAUGCUGAUAUGAUAGUAGAGAUCUGCAAGCUGGAUUUGCUCUGACAGAAGCUAUGAUAAUCCAUUCUCUUA